AAUCAUCGCCACAGAGAUGAGAUCAGAUCUCAUCUGAUCUAACGUUAGAUCCUGUCAGGUGUAUGUUUCUCUUGUUUUUGUCUGUAUUAUAGACUACAGCUCAGGUUGACACCUACAGUAACCAGUGCUGUGUGAGAUGGACGGACAGGUUGGGGCAAUGCGUGUGUUGGUGACGGGUGGCAGUGGGUUGGUCGGACGAGCGAUAGAGCGGGUGGUAAAGGAGGAGGGGGGAAGAAGAGAAGGAGAGGAGUGGAUAUUCCUGUCAUCUAAAGAUGCAAAUCUCAUGAGCGCUGAAGAGACGAGAGCACUCUUUAAGAAACAUCGACCAACGCACGUCAUUCAUUUGGCCGCUAUGGUGGGCGGUCUCUUCAGAAACAUGAGACAGAACCUGGACUUCUGGAGAAAUAAUGUUUAUAUAAAUGACAACGUGCUCCAGGCGUCUCAUGAGGUCGGGGUGGUGAAGGUUGUUUCCUGUCUGUCCACAUGUAUUUUCCCUGAUAAAACAUCAUAUCCCAUCGAUGAGACCAUGAUCCACAAUGGUCCUCCUCAUGAGUCUAACUUUGGUUAUGCAUACGCCAAACGCAUGAUUGAUGUCCACAACAGGGCUUGUUUUCAGCAGUACGGGCGACGGUACACAGCUGUGAUCCCGACCAACGUGUUCGGACCCCAUGACAACUUUAAUAUCGAGGACGGCCAUGUGCUUCCAGGACUGAUUCAUAAGGCAUACCUGGCAAAGAAGGAAGGGAAAGCGCUGCAGGUUUGGGGGUCCGGUCGUCCUCUUCGGCAGUUCAUUUAUUCUCUGGAUCUGGCUCGUCUGUUUCUCUGGGUACUGAGGGAAUAUGAUGAGGUUGAUCCUAUCAUACUGUCAGUGGGAGAAGAAGACGAGGUGUCCAUCAAAGAUGCUGCAGAUGCUGUGGUUGAAGCGCUGGAGUUCAAACAUGGUGUCAUCUAUGACACCAGUAAAGCAGAUGGCCAGUUUAAGAAAACCGCCAGCAACGCCAAGCUACGCAAAUACUUGCCGGACUUCAAAUUCACACCAUUCAAAACAGCUAUCAAGGAGACGUGUGAUUGGUUUGUGGCCAAUUAUGACAUCGCCAGGAAAUGAAGAUCUCAUUGGCUGCUUUAUUGCUACACUAAUAAGCAUAUCACUGCUGAAAAUGAGCAACAACUAUGGUUGCUUACAGACUUAUAAGAAAAAUGCAUUAAUACAAUUACAAGUCCUAUAUAGUGUCUGAACUCUUCUUAUGGUUAUUUAAAUUAAAUUCUUGCUUUUUCUUGUGGUUGGUACUGAAUGAUUUCCUAUUUUUAAUGUUAAUCAGGGUUUUUUCUCUGUUUCUGGUGGUUUGUAUAUUUAAGAAUAAACUGUUAUUUAAAAUAAUAA